AUGGAAUCCCUCCUCCGCUGGUCAAUCGAAAACUCAGCUCCUGCCUCUACCUCAGACGGUACACCCGCGCCGACACCACAACCCCGAAAAGACCUCGACCCAGGAAUUAUCGAUGCGAUAUUGGGGAGGCCGGAUUCGGAGUUGAUGAAGGAGGCGUUGAGCGCGGCUGUGGAUGAGAGGGUGGGAGAGGAGGGGAGGGUGGCGGCGUUGGAUGAUCUGGAGAUGUUGGUUGAGAAUAUCGAUAAUGCGAAUGAUCUAGAAAGACUGAAGAUGUGGGAACCCCUACACGGACUUCUUUCAGCCCCAGGCUCGACGGACGCCGUGAAGACGCAAACGCUCUGGGUCAUCGGUACGGCCGUGCAGAAUAAUCCGAAGGCACAGGAAGCUUACCUCGCCCUCGACCCCCUCCCCACCAUCCUCGUCUUCGUCUCUCCCUCCGUCCGCUCCUCCCAACUCCGCUCAAAAGCAGUAUACUGCCUCUCGGGUUUGCUCAAACAUAACGCCAAAGCCGUAGAUCAGCUCGAGGAGAUCGGGGGAUGGGAGAUCUUGGGGGCUGCGCUCGAAAAUUCGGAUAUCAGCGUCCGCAGAAAGACGGCAUUCCUCUUCAGUACACUCCUCACCCCCGCCUCCACCCCCGACGCAACUCUAGCUUCAUCCGCCUCCGCCUCCGCCUCCACCCCCACCUCACCACCCCAGACCUCCACCGCCACCGGCGCAACCUUCCACUCCUCCGACUCCGAACCCUCCGCACCGGCACCCAUCCACGCAAACUCCCACGCCUCCAUGCUCCGCGAUCCGUCUUCCGUCGAUACUGCGCCCGCGACGCUCAAAGCGCUGAGGGAACAUGGCGUGGUGGGUAGAGCGGUCGAGGGGCUGGUUAGGGUCGUGCCGUUGUUAUACACUUAUGUUACGCGUCACGGUGGGGGUUUCGAAGAGACGGAGAAGAAGGAUCUGAAGGAGUUUUUGGGGAGGAGAGUGAAGAAGGCGGAGGAGAGUGGGGAGGGAGAGGUGUUAGGGCUGACCAGGGAGGAAGUUGGGGUGUUGAUGAGGGCCGUGGAGUGA